CGAUCGGUAUCAGAAUGAAGAAGGUGGCCAUUAUAGGUGCGGGUGCUAGUGGACUACCAGCCAUUAAGUCAUGUUUAGAAGAAGGAAUGCAACCUAUAUGUUUCGAAAAAUCCAACCAACUCGGUGGUCUUUGGAAUUACACAAGUGAGGUUCUGGAAGAUCAACCGUGUGUUAUGCGUUCCACUGUGAUCAACACAAGUAAAGAGAUGCUCAGUUACAGCGACUUCCCUGUACCCAAGGACUACGCUAUGUUCAUGCAUCAUUCAUACGUACUGAAGUACCUCCACUUAUACGCGAAACAGUUCGACCUCGCUAAAUACAUCCGAUUGCAAACCCAGGUCGAGUCUGUUGUGAUGGCGAAAGAUUUUGAGACCACUGGCCGAUGGGAUCUUACUGUCAAGGAUAUACAAACUGGUGAAGAAUCCACCAUGACUUACGACGCUGUAAUGGUGUGCACUGGUCAACAUACAUACAAAUACACUCCCGAAUUUCCUGACAUGGAAAAUUUUGAUGGUCGAAUAAUGCAUUCUCAUGAUUACAGAGACUCUCGCGGAUACGACAACCAAAAAGUGAUUGUAGUUGGUGUGGGAAACUCUGGAGUAGACACUGCCGUAGAUCUGAGUCGAUCAUCCAAAAAGGUGUAUCUGAGUACCAGGCGUGGGUGCUGGGUAUCCAAGAGGAUAGCGAGCAAUGGUGUUCCAAAUGAUAUGAACAGCUACAGAAGGUGCAUGUUGGCUAUUAAAAAAUAUAUUCCAACAGGUAUACUGGAGUGGAUAAUGAUACAGCAGAGUAACCAACAAUUCGACCACAAGGUUUAUUCCCUGAAACCCGAGCACGGCUACUUCUCUCAGCACCCAACGAUAAACGACGACCUUCCCAAUCGAAUCGCUAGCGGUUCUAUCAUUGUUAAGCCAAAUAUCAGUCGUUUCCUUAAAAAUGGGGUGGAAUUCGAAGAUGGAACAACAGAAAAUGAUAUAGACACCAUCGUUCUGGCAACUGGAUACAAGUACAACUUCCCUUUUCUCGACAAGUCUCUGGUUGAAGUCAAGGACAAUCGAGUUGAUCUCUACAAACACCUGUUCCCGACAAAUCUGAAACACAACACAUUGGCCGUGGUCGGCAUUAUGCAGCAGAUUGGAGCAGUGUUUCCUAUUUCUGAGCUCCAAUGUCGACUCUCUGCUAGAGUGUUUAAGGGGGAUAUCCAACUGCCCUCUAGAAGUGAAAUGUGGAAUGACAUCAAUAGGAAACGAGACGUCAUGAAUAAGCGAUUUGUCCAAUCAAAUCGGUACACAAUGAAGGUAGAUUGUGUGCCAUAUAUGGAUGAGCUUGCAGAGCUUCAUGGAUCAAAGCCGAAUUUAUGCCGUAUCGCUAGGUCUGACCCGAGCCUGGCGCUCCAAUGUUUCUUCGGUCCCUGUACUCCUUAUCAGUUCCGAUUAGAAGGUCCAUGUAAAUGGAAUGGAGCUCGGGAAGCUAUACUGAAACAAUGGGAUCGAACUUGGCAUCCAAUGAAGACUCGACCGACAGGUCCAUAUUCUUGGAAGGAGACUCCCAACACCUACUUAUACACAACAGUGUGUCUGUUAAUCGCCUUCAUACUGAUUUUCGUAUUUUGAUGAAGGCUUGUCUGGAGACUAUGCAUUCAAUAUUUGCUAUAUCCCAGUAGAGUGACCAAUAAGAUAUCUAUUUGUGUGCUAACAGUAUUAAAUGAAAUAUUUGAUCGUA